ACUGAUCAUCACUUAAUUACUAAAAUUUAAAAAUAUCAUAGCAACUGUCUAAAAAUGUACUACUACAUGUACACUAAAAUAUGCAUGUUUGUUUUGGUGCUAGAGUUAAUGAUACUACUAGUAACUCACGGUGCAAGGGCACCAAAAUCGUCCUUAAAUACAACAUGUCUUGAAGAUGGCAAUGUAUACUUAGGAGCUCCUCCUACUGAUGGAUUACUAAUUGAUGCCUACAAAGAUAGCUGCCCUGAUGCUGAAUCCAUUAUUUUUUCGCGGGUCGAAAAUGCUGUUCUUAAUGAUCCUAGAAUGGCUGCUUCUUUGCUUCGCCUCCAUUUCCAUGACUGCUUCGUUAAUGGAUGUGAUGCAUCGGUAUUAUUAGAUGACACUGGUAAUUUUGUUGGGGAGAAAACUGCGGCACCAAACUUGAAUUCUCUAAGAGGGUUUGAAGUGAUUGAUGCCAUUAAAUCUGAAUUGGAAUCUCUUUGCCCCGGAAUUGUGUCUUGUGCUGACAUUUUAGCUGUUGCAGCAAGGGAUUCUGUUCUUGUGUCUAAUGGGCCGGGCUGGGAGGUCCAGACAGGAAGGAGAGACAGUUUAAGUGCCAGCAAGUCAGCAGCAAAUACCAACAUUCCAGGCCCAAACUCAACAGCCCAGACAUUGGUAAACAUGUUCCAAAAUGUGGGCCUAAGUAUUACUGACAUGGUUGCUCUUUCAGGUGCUCAUACUCUUGGAAAAGCUCGGUGUUCAUCCUUCAAUUCUCGGCUUCAAACCAGCAAAGGAGACAUCAACAUUGAUUUCCUACAAACAUUGCAGCAACUUUGCUUGGUAUCCAAUAGCAACACCAACAAUAUUGUAGCAGAUUUAGACCUAGUUACCCCAUCAACAUUUGACAAUCAAUACUAUGUUAACCUUUUAUCUGGGGAGGGUUUACUACCCUCCGAUCAAGUUCUCUUAGGUGGUGAUAAUGAUCAGACAGGUGAGAUUGUUCGAUCAUAUGCGGAGGAUGAAGGUGCAUUCUUUGAUGACUUCAUUGAAGCAAUGCUCAAGAUGGGAAGCAUAGGAGUUCUUACUGACAAUAGUGGUGAAAUUCGUCGUAAUUGUAGGGUUAUUAACUAAUAAUGAUGCUUUUAUUAAUUUGACUCCACAAUAGUGCGUGAUAUUUUCAAAAGCAGUUAUUAGUUUGUUAAUUAAUUAGUACUACUAUUAUGGAUCAGCUAAAUUGUGUUGUCAUUAGAUUUCUAAUAUCUAAGUACUUAUGUAUUAAGUAAGGCUGAUUGGAACUUCAUCUUAAGCAUCGAUCAUGCACUUUUAUUUUCAUAAACAAA